CCAACAAUCAUGCCACGGUCCAAAUCACUGAGAUCACAUUUUUCCCCAUUCUGAUGGUUGAUGUGAAUAUUAACUGAAGCUCCUGACCCAUAUCUGCAUGAUUUUAUGCACUGCACUGCUGCCACAGGAUUGGCUGAUUAGAUAAUCGCAUGAAUAAUUGUUGAUGCCAGAUGGGCUGGUUUGAGUAUUUCUAUAAUUGCUGAUCUCCUGGGUUUUUCACACACAGCAGUCUCUAGAAUUGUGCCAAAAACAAAACACAUCCAGUGAGCGGCAGUUCUGUGGAUGGAAACGCCUUGUUGAUGAGAGAGGUCAACAGAGAAUGGCCAGACUGUUUCGAACUGACAAUGUCUACAGUAACUCGGAUAACCGCUCUAUAUUCUUCUCACCACAAUUGUACAAUCAAAUAAUGCUAUUUUGAGAUGCGGGUUGACACUGUGACAUGAGGGGGACCUAUACAAUUUUAGGCAGGUGGAUUUAAUGUUGUGGCUGAUCUGUGUGUGUAAAUGUAAUUAUGUAUAUGGGAGCCAGACCGAGGUUUUAAUGCCCUUAUGAAAAUUCUCUUUUACUUACCCUCAUGCCAUCCUAGAUGUGUAUCUGAGAUAUAUAUUUAUGAGAUAUACAUAGAGAGAGAGAGAGAGAGCCAGGCAACCACUUAUUCAGAAAAUCUGUUGCAGCCUUAUGUUCCUAAGCAGCAUAUGGGGUCACUAACAGAUGCUUUCCAUUAUUUGAAAACGGUAAACAAUGGUAGUCACUGCAUUAUUAGCGUCCAGAUUCAUGGAAUGGAAAUGCUUUGAGGAGGGAAUUAAAAUAAAAGUUGACAUCCUUUUAGUCGCGCUCAUGGCACUGACUCUGUACCGCGCACGAGACUCCUAUAUCUUUAAGAGCGCGCGCAUCACAGGUAGGAUGACGCGGCUGUCGGAGAGACUCGCUCGGUGCAGUGAGGACGAUGUGUUUCGUGGCUCAACUGGAGAACUCAUUUCUGCCCUAUUCUCUCUCUCUCUCUGAUGCUUAAGAAAAGGUGGCGGUCUGUUAUUCACUGCCGAAGACGGCUUCGGGAUUUUUCUCUUCAGCAUCAACACUAAUGCUGUAUCCAUGUGCAAUGCUUUUGACCGCUUUACCCCAGCUAAAUCUAAAGCCACACUACGUCAGAGACACUGCAUCAUUUUGCUCUGACGAAACGAGGCACAUUGCAGCAGAUGGUAGAUUUUCAUAAGGGUUGAUGACCCUACUGAUAUGCUCCCCAAGACGAGAAAAGCCCUUAGCAUCCAGGAAAUUGCAGCUCUGGCCAGAUCAUCAUUUAAUGGCAUCUCACAGGUGGUGAAGGAUCAUGUGACCAAACCCACGGCCAUGGCUCAGGGGCGGGUGGCUCAUCUGAUUGAGUGGAAGGGCUGGUCUAAGCCCUUAGACCCUCCAUCUGCUACACUGCAGUCCCACUUUAACUCCUACUCCCAUCUCAGUGAGGGCGAGCAGGAGGCCCGGUUCGCAGCAGGUGUGGCUGAGCAGUUUGCCAUUGCAGAGGCAAAGCUCCGUGCCUGGACCUCUGUAGAUGAGGAGGAUAUGGAUGAAGAGUCUUUCGAAGACGAUCCUCCUCUCAAUGACGAACAAAUCAUCACAAAUCAGAGCUCAGAUGCUGUAUUGUCCAAUCAAAGCUGCCCAGUGCCAAUUCAGACUGAGACAGACAAUGCUGAAAUCCAAUCCUUUGAUGACGCACCCUGUCAAUCAGAAACCGACUGGAGCAUGCAGGAACCGUGCAUGACCCAGAUUGACGAUGGUGAAACGAUCAUCUCAGACGAAGUGCCACAGGGAGCUGAAGAAGUGCAACUUUUAGAAGAGGAGACAGACGGGGCCAUUUGUGGUGUUCACAAACGAGAACGCAGGCCUUUGUGGAGCAAAGGAGACUCCUGCUACUACUCCACCUCCUACUCCGAGUUCGGCCUCUCACCUGAGGAGGAGGAGGAUGGAAGAGAGGAGGAAGGGGAGGACAAUGUCUUUCAGGAAGUCAUCCGCUGGUACAGACACUGCAGAAGCAUCUCUGAUACCUCGGGAGCUCUGUCUUUUGAAGAGGAAGAGCAGGAGGAAGGUUCCGAGCAGUGACGUCAUGCUCUCUGUUGCCCUUUGUCUUGCUCCCUACGUAGUAACCCUUCUGUGAAGUGUUUGUCCAGUCUGUUGCAUUCAAAGACAAUGACUUAUUUUUCCUUCUCCUUUCUUUUAAAGGGAUAGUUCACCCAAAAAUGAAAAUUCUGUCAUCAUUUACUCAGCCUCAUGUCUUUUGAAACCGAAUCACAUUCUUUCAAGGACAUGCUUACAGCAGAGUGUCCAAGUUGCUCUUUUCUAUUCUAUGAAAAUGAAUGGGGACCACAACUGUAAAGCAAAAUGUUCAUGGCAAGAUUUUCAGUAAAUAACGACUUAAAAGAGAGAGUUCGCCCAGAAAUGAAACUUCUGUCAUAAUUUACUCACCCUCUUGUUGAUACAAACCUACAGUAUAUGACUUUCUUCUGUGGAAGACAUAAGGAGAUGACAGACAGAAUGUUAGGGACUGACAAUUGAUAAAUAUGAAGUGUUGUGUUGACAUUCAGCUGUCAGUUGGUAGUCAGUUGCCAGUGUGUUAUUAAGAGAAGUAUAAAAUGUGAGUCCAGUCUGAGGCUAAUAAAGUGCAGUGCUGAUAUAUGUAUCGUGAGCAAUCAAGAGUUCAAAAGUCUGAUUGCUUGGGGGAAGAAGCUGUCAUGAAGUCAAUUUUCCAUACAAUGAAAUUGAAUGGUGACUGAGGUCGUUCUGCCUAAUAUCUGCUUUUGUGUUCUGCAGAAGAAGAAAAAAAAUCACACGUGUUUGGAAUUAAAUGAGGGUGAGGAAAUGUGAUAGUUAAAAAAAAAAAUGUGGGUGAACUUUACAUUUACACUUCAUUCGGAUCUUCACAGUUACUGUAUGGCUUCAGAAGACUUGGAAUAGGACAUUUCGGAGCCUGACAGCCACUGAUCCCUGUCCAUUUUCAUUUAAUGGAAAAGAGCAGCUCAGGCAUUCUGCUGAAGUUCUCAUUUUGUGUUCCAUGGAAGAAAGAAAGUGAUUUUUGGAAGUGAAAUGAGGGUAAAUAAACAGUGACAUAAUUUUUAUUUUUGAGUAAUCUGUUCUCUGCCUCCUCUAUCUCAGUGUUCUCAUUUGAAGUAAAAGUCCUAGAAAACAGCACAGUACUGUUUCCAUAUUUACCUGGAGAACAAGAUGACACUGACACCACUGUGGCACUGUGUGAUGCUCAGCAGCCUUGUGGUUUUGUCAGAUCUCAGUGAUGGCACAUCAGGACUGUCUCCCAAUCUUAGAGACUGGAAUAUCCCUGUGAAGAACAUGGUUUUCAAAUGUUUUUCUUUUGUGACCGCUCAAAAGUGACGUAAUGCUCGUAGUAAAUUUGCAAUGUUAAUAUUUCAGGACUGUGGGUUUGCUGAGGGACAAAAAAGACCCACUUUAUUUUGUUUUGUUUUAGAUGUCACGCUGAAAAGUGCUUGUGUGUCCCAGCUUGCUGCCUUGAGUUGAGGUGCAGCUUUGCUGCUAUGAUGGAGCGUUGUGACUAUGAAUAGAAUGUGCUUGUUAUUACGAUCACUGUGUGAUGUAUUACAAAAGUUACGUGAGAAUCCUCUAUCUUUAUGUUCAUUCUCUCUCUUUUCCUCCCUGUCUGCACUUCAGUAGAUGUUUUGUAUGUGAUUGGCUGCUGAAUGAACAGGUUUUUUUUUUAAGCUACUAGUUUAUACAACCUUGAGAUGCAGCUACAGUAAAAUAGUUGACUGGAAGAAUAUGUUCAAUGCCUUUUGAGCUGCUUUCGUUCAUUGCAGAAGCAUGGAGAAUGGCAGUGCAAAUCCAUGACUAACCAUCCCUGUCAUCAUUAUCCUCAGUAUGGAACAGUGAUGUCAUUGAUGUGAAUGUGUGAAUCCCUUCUCAAAAUAUUUUUUUCUAUGUUUGUACAGAAAAUGUCUGAGGUCAAGGUUUAAGGGUUAUGAUUGCAUUAAAGUUAUGAGUAUAUUCAUCAUAUGUUUACUGCUGAAUCAUUAAUUAUUAUUGCUCCAAAUUUGUUAAUCUGUAUUUUUGUCUUGUUUUCCAGAGAAAUAGCUUAACAUCCUUAAAACAAGAUAAAUUAACUUGAGAAGCAAAAUCGUGUAGAUAAAUGACUUGUUUUUUUAAGAAUAUACUGUAUAUCUGAAAGUUGAUAAUUGCCUCUUUGGUAAAUGUGUUCUUGUUUUACACUUAAUCCUCACUACAUUUUGUUUAAUUUA